ACUCCUCCUAAUAAAGCGGCCGUCUAAUAAAAUAAAGAUAAAUCAAAUAUCCAUAGCCUGCAGGCCCUCCAAAUUGUAAUCAACAACAUCUUGUCUACAUUAACGAACGCGUGCCACGUAACACACUCUUUUUCUCACUAUUACUUUAAUUACACUCACAAUGGCUUGGGCGGCGCUUCUCACCUCCAGUCAAAUCCCUUGUUGACCGCGCCCCCCAUCCCCACCCCACCCCACGCCCUCUUUUACCUCCCCUCCAUUCCCCAUUAUAUAAGCAGCCAUUCGCUUAACAAAUAUUGCAAGCACAAAGUUACAUUUUGUUCACAAAAAAAAAUGGCUCUGAAAAGUAAGGUGAGUAGUAAUGGGAGUGAAAAUGCGAAAGUAAAUGGAGUUAAGGAGGUGCACUAUAGGGGUGUAAGAAAGAGACCAUGGGGUCGUUACGCUGCUGAGAUCCGUGACCCUGGCAAGAAGAGUCGGGUCUGGUUAGGUACUUUCGACACGGCGGAGGAAGCGGCGAAGGCGUACGACGCUGCUGCGCGUGAUUUUCGUGGACCCAAAGCUAAGACCAACUUCCCCUCUCCGUUUCCGUUAGAGACUCUUAAUCAGAGCCCGAGCAACAGCAGCACACUGGAGUCAUCCAGUGGAGAAACUGGUGUUCACGCGCCGAUGGAGGUGGAUCUCACGCGCCGCCUUGGCGCUGUCGCUCCGGUUUUUCAUCAGCAACCGACGGUGGCGGUUCUUCCGAACGGUCAGCCGGUUUUGCUUUUUGAUUCUUUGUGGAGACCGGGAGUAGUCGUUGACAAGGCUCAGUUGUCGUACCAGGUGGCGCCGAUGGCGAUAGAGUUUACUGGCGCCGCCGGAGGUGUUUCUAGUGUGUCGGACUCGUCCUCCGUUGUGGAGGAGAACCAGUAUGUGGGAAAAAAAGGACUUGAUCUCGACCUUAACCUUGCGCCACCCAUGGAAAUUUAAUUUUAUGACGAUUAUAAUAUAAUGUAAUUUUUCAACGAGGGGUAGAGAGCUGACAGAACUAAUGGCUGAUUUUUGUAAAUAUGCUAAAAAGUAUCAUUUCGUUUUUUGGCAGCUGAGGGGUAUUGUUAUGUAUGUUCUCUUGCUGUUUCUACCAUUUGCAACUCAAAUCCUGUUUAGAUCUUUUGGUUAAUGAGAAAAUUCAUGUUUUCUCCUUGCUAA